AUGCCAAGAGCUGAAUCCACUGCCACGGACAACUCGUGUCAGGCCUUGUGCCGCACUUUAGUCACUCAAAAUGGCCUGCAGCCAGAGAACAUGGACAUCUCACAGUCUGUACUAUACACGUCCAUCAUGGGACUGCUGCUGGUGACGGACAAGGAGAGAGAGCUCCAACUGGGCAGUGGACAAGUUGGACUGCGUAACGUUGGAAAUACUUGUUUCCUCAAUGCCAUUGUGCAGUGUCUCUCCCACACUCAUAGUCUUCGGGACUACUGUCUGAUGAAAGCGUACCUUGAGGACAGUCACUCCAACCAAGAGCCUGUUCUUAUGAAUGCCAUCCAAAAACGUGCCAUCAAGAAAAAAGAAUUCUCUAAUGUUUUGGCUGGCCUGUGGGAAUGUGAUGGCGGGGAAACCACAGUGAACCCUGGGAAGUUUUAUCGUGUAUUUAAAGAAGCGGUGCCUUACUUUAGUGGAUAUAGUCAGCAAGAUGCUCAGGAGUUCUUAAGAUUCCUUCUGGACAGGCUACAUACAGAAAUUAACCGCCGAUCAUCCAAACGUCCUACAGUUAUUGAAAUGAAAGAACCAACAUACUCACGAUUCAGGUACUAAGAAGACACAGUGCCUGAGAGGAACAAACUCAAAUUGAGUCAUUCAGUACCUCCUAAUCAUUUAUUUGAUCUCUCCUGCAGGAUUUCAGAGGAGGCUAUUGCCAUGUGGCAAAGACAUCUUGACCGGGAUGAUAGUAAGAUUGUAGAUCUAUUUUCUGGUCAGCUGCGCAGCUCCUUGCACUGUUCUGUCUGCUCCCAUUACUCCAACACCUUUGAUGUGUUUUGUGACCUGUCACUCCCCAUCCCGAAGAAGAGUGAUCAUGGCCAAAUUGUUAAACUUAGAGAGUGUCUUGACCUCUUCUCACAAGAGGAAAAACUUGAUAAAGAAAACUCACCGAUGUGUGAGCGGUGUAAUCGUCACACUGAGGGCACAAAAAGACUAACCAUACAAAGGUUCCCAAGAAUACUCGUGAUACACUUAAAUCGAUUCACCACAUCAAGGUACUCCAUCUGUAAAAGCACAGUGUCUGUUUCCUUCCCUUUGAUGGGGUUGGAUCUGGGGCCAUUUGGACCUGUUGAUUGUGGUCCUGUGCUGUAUGAUCUGUAUGCAGUGUGCAAUCAUUCAGGCACAGUAAAUAUGGGUCACUACACGGCUGCAUGUCGAGAGGAGGAGGGCUGGUGCUACUACAAUGACUCCUGUGUAAACGCAAUAUCAGAGGAGAAGCUUCAGUCCAAUCAGGCAUAUGUUCUCUUCUAUGAGCUGAAAAGCUGCAGUAUCAGCAGGAAAUGAGUACCAAAGACACCAGUUUUUACAAACGACUUAUCAUUGUUUGGCAGACUUCAUAUGCCACUGAAAGAAAUCAACUUUCACUUUGAUAAUUGGGCUAUGUUGAUUUUGAGAGAGUCCUAACAAGCAAGUAUUGUAAUUUUAUUUCAUUUGACCAAUGUAAUUUUUUUUUCUACUAUUAUCAAUGUCUGUUUUUGAUAAAAUUGAGCUCAGAAACAUAUUUUUCAGCCAUUGUGUUUUUAGACAACAAAAAACAAAGAUCUGUAGAACUUGUUGUUUGCAUCAUGAUUUGUUGUUUUUCUUAUCCUCAUUGCAAUUAAAGUGUACAUUUGGUUAAUGUGGUUUAACUGAGAAUGGGGAAAACAGAGAUUAAUUGAACAUUAGUAGCCUACAAUUGGUGGAUAUGGUCAAACUUUUGUCUGAUUGUGUGAGCAUGUGACUUUUAUGUCUGGCAUAAUUUUUAACAGGCAAGUAUUUUAUAUUUAACUCUGCAGAAUUUGGCAGUCAUUUCCACUAUGCUGUAUUUUACUUCAGGCAUCCCGCAUGCUGUGUAAUACGCUUAGUUGAUAUUAGUUGAGCAAGUUAAUAUUUUAUACAUAUGAUCUGACUCUAGUUAGCUUAUUUGCCCAAUUAUGUACAUCAAAGAAACACUGAUUGUUACAACAGGCCUGAGGUUGUCAAAUAAGAGGGAUUUUUAUAGUAAUAUAAUACAAUCCUAUUAUCAUAAAUAAAAUUAAAAAAAAGAUAUACACCAUUACAUACUCAAUUAGAAAUUGUAAUACUUGUAUGAUCAUAUAAAAUGUUUGUAUGCAUGUUACUGACGUUUAGAGCUCUAUCCACGUGACUAAUUUGAGCAAAUAGCACUAUCUGCUGGCCAAAUAUUAUACUAAAAAUCCUCUUCGCAAAAGGAACCCUCUGUCUAGAUAAAGUCUCGCGAUAUUAGCAUGCUACUUUAAUACAUAAGCUUGUUCGAGAUGCCAAACGCCUCGCCUUGAAGGUAGACGAGAGUAGACGGCUGCAGUCUGGGGAGGAUUGAAAUAAAAGCUGUUAAGUCGGACAUUUCUCACUUCUCGUAGUGGAUCAGACAUCUACGAGAUCACAGGCAAAUAUCGCGGGAUUCACGUUCAUAAGCUGUUGCUGAUAAAGUGGAUAAUUUCAGUUGCUUUAAAAUGAAAAUAAAUA